AUUGGAAACCAGUGGGGGACAGAAUAAUUUGAUUUGGUGAAUAAAAAUGACUUGAAAAAGAAAAAGCAAAACCGCAGUAGAAAAAAAAAAAAAAAAAAAACGUGAUAGCGUGGGAAAGGGUGCGCAGUACGCUACAGAGAGGUUUGCAGUUGGUGGCACCACACCACUCGAUGUCUCCAGAAGCAAACCCUAGCCAAAAGAAGGAAUGAAUCCCGCGGAUGCAUGAAUCAAAUCGACGAUGGCAAAUCUUCCGGUGGAAGUAAUCACCGAAAUCCUCUCCCGUCUGCCGGUGAAGUCGCUCCUCCGGUGCCGCUCCACCUGCAAGUGCUGGCGCUCGCUAAUCGACACCACGCACUUCAUCCUCUUCCAUCUCACCAAGUCCCACACCGCGCUCAUUAUCCGCCACCGCUCGCACCUCUAUUCUCUCGACCCCCAAACCCUAAACUGCCACCACAAGCCUCUGGAAUUGACGCACCCUCUCAUGUGCUACAGCAACAGCAUCAAGGUCCUCGGCUCCUGCAAUGGUCUCCUCUGCAUCUCCAACGUCGCCGACGACAUCGCCCUCUGGAACCCCUCCCUCCGCCGCCACCGCAUCCUCCCCGCCGACCGCUUCCACCGCCCGGAGUCCUCCCUCUUCGCCGCCCGCGUCUACGGCUUCGGCUUCGACGCCCUCUCCAACGACUACAAGCUCGUCAGCAUCACCUACUUCGUCGACCUCCACAACCGCACCUUCGAUUCCCAGGUCCAGCUCUAUACCCUAAAAUCCGACGCCUGGAGAAACCUCCCCAACAUGCCCUACGCGCUCUGCUGCGCGCGUACCAUGGGCGUCUUCGUUUCCUCCUCCCUCCACUGGGUCGUCACGCGCAAACUCGAGCCCGACCAGCCCGAUUUAGUCGUCGCGUUUGACCUCACGCGCGAGCGCUUCCGUGAAGUCCCGCUUCCGGUUACUGUCACCGGGAAUUUCGACAUGGAGGUUGCUCUUCUCGGAGGGUGUCUCUCCGUGGUGGAGAACAGGGGAAACGCGUUUGACGUGUGGGUUAUGAGGCAGUACGGAUUGCGUGACACGUGGGUCAAGCUCUUUACUCUCUCUGACAACGUUCACACGGGAUCGGUCAAAUUCAAAUCUGUGAGGCCCUUGGCUUUUGAUCACGAGAGGGAUAGGGUUUUGUUUGAGCAGAACCGUAGCAAGCUGUGUUGGUAUGAUCUUGGAAGUGGUGAAGUGGGGUACGUGCAAAUAACAGGGAUGGGAAACUCGAUUGAAGGCACGGUUUGCGUGGGAAGCCUCGUCCCCCCGAGUUUGCUGUGUCAUGAUGAGAGAUUGGGGCACGAGAACAUUAGGAAGAAAAGGGAUGACUUCCUCUCUCAGGGAUUCAAAUUGACGUUGUAAAAGAGCAAAAUAAAGAAGAAACGGUAUAUAGCCGAAACUGGUUUAUCCUGUGAGUUGAUUUAUACCUGGUUCAUGGGAAACAGUUGGAAUGAUCAGUAACGAAACCACUCUUUUUGAUGUUGAUUUUGGGGACUUUCCCCCUCUUUCUGCCUUGAGUUUGCUCACUUUUUUUUCUCAGGAUUGGAGGGGGAACAAAAGUGCUCCAGUUCACAAUUUUCAAAACCAAGAAAAACGAUGAUAAAAUAGGUACCGGAUGAUGCUGCUUCACUCCUAUCCUUGCAUAAUAAGAACUUGUUCAUCCCAACAAGGAGAGCUUGCACCAUCUCCCGUUUAGUUUGUAUUAAGUUGAUAUACUUAUACGCUCCUAGAAACUUGAGUUCAAUGUGCCAUAGGGGGGCUUAUGCUUGUAUGUAUGUCUUUUAAUGGUUGUAGCCACCCUUAUACAAACCAUUGUAAUAGGUAAAUCUCACAUACAGUUUCAUAUAUAGUUGUCUGUUGGAAGAGAACGUGUUUUGUUCUCUCGAUUGAGAAACGAUUUGAUCGGGACACUGGGAUUUCCUGCUUUGGAAGAAAUCAAUGAUGCCGUUUUGCAUCUAUUUACAGAAAAAUAUGCAGGUUUUUAAAACUUAUACCA